AUGAGUCUUUUCACGAUUACAACGAACUGUUUGCUGAGCCUUUUGGGUGGUUUCGUCUCGUUGAAGCUGAUACAAGAAUACAUUCCAAUCUUCAUUCAACGUGGGCACUAUGGAAACGAUCAAUGCAAGGUGAGCAACGCUCCAAUUCCUGAGCCGAUGGGUGUCAUCACUGCAGCCGUUUAUCUUAUUAUCAUGUUCAUCUUCAUACCAUUUCCCCUUCUCGAAUGGACAUACACCGAGCGUUUAUUCCCGCACGAUAAAUUCUUGGCCUUCCUCUCAGCGAUCAUCUCGAUUUGCACAGCAAUUUUAUUGGGUUUCGCCGAUGAUAUGCUUGAUUUGAGCCUGCUGCUUCGGCGUCUCCUUCCGGUUUUGGUGCCGCUGGUUUCGGUCGGUCAAAGUCUCAUCAUUGCUUCAUCGACCACUUUAUACAAUGUCAUACAGCUAUAUCGCCUUCAAGAUCCGAUCGAAUGUUGGUACAAUUGGUUGUCAAUCUACUUUUUGUUACCAUUCAUCACAACAUCGUUGAUCCUCUAUAACUUCAAUAAGUAUCCGGCUCGCGUUUUCGUUGGUGACACGUACUGUUAUUGGGCGGGCAUGACGUUGGCUGCAGUGGCAAUUCUCGGACAUUUCUCAAAAACGGCGAUGCUUUUCUUUAUUCCACAGACUUCUGAAUGGCCGGAAAAUUCUAACACUUUCACCGUCAAUCACCAGCUAAGUUUUUCAUAUGCUCUUGAAUUCUGC